GUUAGCCAGUGGGAUCCCGCUACAGCCGUCGGCGCUAGCGUCAGCGUCGGUGCGGCUGGCGCCGCCGGUGCCAGGUGCCGCGCGCAGGCGCAGGCGCGGGCGCCGCGCUCGCCCCGCCCGGCCUGGUCGCCCGCUGGGCGCGCCGGCUCGGCGCGGUCUCCGUCCUCGCCGCGGUCCCCGUCCCCGGGGUCUCCGAGGAGACGACCGUCGAGCCCGAGCCCGACGCCGAGUCCAAGGGGCAGAGCCGCGCGCACCUCGCCGGGCGCACCUCGGUCACGGCGCCCGGCACGGGCGCCCUUGGCGGCCUCGGAGGCCGAAGACAUCUCGAAGAAGGCCGCCCAGGAGGAGAAGCGAGGGCCCUGGCUCGACGAGAAGCGCAGGUUAUCGUCCGAGGUGGCCGUGGCAGAGGCCGAGUUCGAUGGAACUUCGAGGGCCGCCGCGGUGAUCCAGGCGGUGCAGCGCGGCCGUAUGGCCCGCCGGGUCGCCGACAGCUUGAGGCAAUUCAGGCUGCAGGUGCAGACGACGCUUGCCAUGUCGAAGCCAAAGCCGAAGGUCCGGCUCCACCUGCGCGCGGGGACCAGGACUGGCGACGACUUGGGCAUGGUCGUCGAAGCUGGCAAUGAGCAGAACGAGCAGCGGAUGCACGGAGACGAGAAGGCACAUCGUCCUCUCCCCGGCGGCGGCGCGGGCGGGAACCCCAAGGCGAACGUCAAGGACGCUGCGCGGUCAAGCUGGAAAAAAGCAACAAGCCAAAUCCUCAUGAUCCAGCCUAUUGCCAAGGGCGCGACGGUGGACUUGAUGGCGGCCCGCCAGAACCACAGGCCGAAGCUCCAGGAUGCUUUGCCGAAGGGUGGACUCGGCCCAGCCGCGGAUCCGUUGCGCUGUUCGCGACUCGGCACGUCCAGACUCGGAUGGGACGGCGCGGACGGGGUUCUCAGUGUUCUGGGUGUGCAGCAGAUUCGCGCCGCCUCGAUGCGGCAGCGACGCCGGUUCGGGCACGUAAGGGUGAACACCCUCCGCGGGACCGUCUUGGGCCCUGGACAGAAAAUCGGAAUCCGUACGGGAAUGAUUUUCCUUCCGGGUGUUUUCGAGCGGAGAUCAGAUAGACAGCCUGCGCGGCGGAAACCAGGGUCGUCCACGUCGUCAGGGCUUGAAUUUGCCGCACGUCGGUUUGGGAAGGGUGGGAGCGAGGACCGUCCGUUGGCAUUGGACAUGUCGUGUUUGCGUCGGUCGUGGGUCCUCCUGGCCCGCUCGUCGAGAGGGCGGCUGCAACAUCCAGCAAGGUUUCGGCUCGUCCGUUGUCCGUUCCACAUGGUUUGCGAGAUGCCCUUGGUAGUGCGCCGGCGUGAUUUGCAUCGCGAGCUCGGCGUCGACGAAGCGAGCGGCGUCGCGCAAUCCCUUCCCCAUCGUAUCCCUCGUCCUCGUCUUGCUCCUCGUCGUUCUGCAGUGUCACAGGGGCGGUAUGCUCCCUUUGUCGCCCCCUGUGGGAGCUCGCGUGCGACGAGCACGUUGUCGUUGGUGAUGACGUGGUUCGUGGGGCACGUGUGGUGCACGAAAAGGAGCGGGAGGUGGACGAUGGCAACGAGGACGGGGAAGAGAAUGCAAAGGAGGAGGAAGAAGAAAGCAUGCGAAACGCAGUGUCGUUGGCGACACGGCUGUUCGCGUGGCAUGCAGGAGCCAAGGGCGCGCCUGCGAGAGUUGAGCCAUGAGGUCGGACCACGGAUGUCUGUUUCGCUCUCCUCUCCGGCCGGCGACACCAGCCACGUGACGUCACCAGUUGAACACACGGUCUCGCGCUGUGAGCGUGGCCUCUCGACACUUUUUGUGGACAGCUGCGACGUGAGGGUACGAAGCAUCGGAUAG